AUGCCACAGAACCCGAAGAACUAUACCGACCCCGAACUCCGAGAGCAAGUCAAAGAGGAAGUCCAGGAGGGCGAUAAGGGCGGGAAACCAGGGCAAUGGUCUGCGCGAAAGGCCCAAAUGACAGCCUCCGAGUACAAAGCGCGCGGGGGCGACUACACAACAUCCAAGGACGAGAAGAGGCCAGAGCAAAAGAGCCUCGACAAUUGGGGUGAUGAGGAGUGGCAAACGAAAGAGGGGUCUGGGACCGCGAAGCAGGAUGAUGGGACGCGGAAGCGAUAUCUGCCGAAGAAGGCGUGGGAGAAGCUGAGCGAGAGUGAGAAGGAGGCGACGGAGGAGAAGAAGAAGAAGGGAUCGAAGGAGGGGAAGCAAUUCGUCGGCAAUACGGGCGAGGCGAAGAGGAAGAGGGGGGAGGUCAGUAAGGAGGGGGAGAAGAAGGGUGACGAUAAGGGUGCUAAGGGGAAGGGGAAGAAGGGGAGUAAGAAGGGUGAAGAGGGGGUAGAUGGAAAGAAGGAAGACAAGAAUAGGAAGGAUGGUGAUGAUGAGCAGCAGGAGGAUGAGGAUAUGGAGGAAGAAGAUGAGGAAUAUCAAGAGGAGGGCGAUGGAAAGGUAGAAGAAGAUGAAGAGGACGAAGAAGCUGAAGGUGAUGAAGACAAUGGGGACGGGCAGGGCGAUGAGGACGAAGAUGAAGAAGAAGGAGAGGAUGAGCAAGCAGACGGAAAGAAGGAGGCAGAGACGGAGACCCCAGAAGGCGAGCAACCAGAGAAGAAGCGGCAAAAGCAGGACUAA